GCGUGCCUGAGAAAGCUCCAUGGCGUGGCAGGGACUGGCAGCCGAAUUCCUGCAGGUGCCGGCGGUGACGCGAGCCUACACCUCGGCUUGCGUGCUCACCACCGCCGCCGUGCAGCUGGAUCUUCUCAGCCCCUUCCAGCUCUACUUCAACCCGCACCUCGUUUUCCGGAAGUUCCAGGUCUGGCGGCUCAUCACCAGCUUCCUGUUCUUCGGGCCCCUGGGAUUCAGCUUCUUCUUCAACAUGCUCUUCGUCUUCCGCUACUGCCGUCUGUUGGAGGAGGGCUCGUUCCGCGGCCGCACGGCCGACUUCGUCUUCAUGUUCCUCUUCGGCGGCGUCCUCAUGACCCUGCUGGGGCUCCUGGGGAGCCUGUUCUUCCCGGGCCAGGCCCUCAUGGCCAUGCUGGUUUACGUGUGGAGCCGCCGCAGCCCGCGUGUCAACGUCAACUUUUUUGGGCCCCUCACCUUCCAGGCGCCCUUCCUGCCCUGGGCACUUCUGGGCUUCUCCCUGCUGCUGGGCAACUCCAUCCUCGUGGACCUGCUGGGGAUCACGGUGGGCCACAUCUACUAUUUCCUGGAGGAUGUGUUUCCCAACCAGCCGGGGGGCAAGAGGCUGCUGCUGACUCCCCACUUCCUGAAGCUGCUACUGGAUGCCCGGGAGGAGGACCCCAACUACCUGCCCCUGCCCGAGGAGCAGCCAGGACCCCGCCUGCCACCCCCGCAGCAGUGAGCCCGA